CCCCAGGAGCAGCUCCUCUGAUGGCCACUCCUGCAGCAGGUGAUCCCAAGUCAGGCCAAGUGGAGUCAGUGGCCACGUUCAAGGGUAAUGAGUUCUUCAACUACGACCUGUCCCAAAAGCCCAUCCAGAGCAGCACUGAUGAAAUCACCCUGUCCUUCCGAACGCUGCAGCGAAACGGACUCUUGCUUCACACUGGCAAGUCUGCUGACUACGUCAACCUGUCUCUGAAAAGCGGAGCUGUGUGUCUGGUCAUAAAUUUGGGCUCCGGUGCCUUUGAGGCUCUGGUGGAGCCAUCCGAUGGCAAGUUCAACGACAAUGCAUGGCACGCCGUCCGUGUGUCCCGCAACCUGCGUCAGGUGACCAUAUCGGUGGACGGGCUCCUCACAACCACGGGCUACACCCAGGAGGACUACACCAUGCUGGGAUCAGAUGAUUUCUUCUACGUGGGUGGCAGUCCAAACACCGCCGAUCUGCCCGGCUCCCCCGUCAGCAACAACUUCAUGGGUUGCCUUAAAGAUGUGGUCUACACCAAUAAUGAGUUCAGACUGGAGCUCUCCCGUCUGGCGGAAUUGCGUGACCCCAAGGUUACCCUCCAUGGCGAUCUGACCUUCCGCUGUGAGGACGUCGCCGCAUUGGACCCAGUCAGUUUCGACGCGCCCACUGCUUAUGUAACCCUCCCGCGCUGGAAUGGCAAGAAAGCCGGCUCUGUGUCCUUCGAUUUUCGAACCACCGAGCCCAACGGACUGCUGUUGUUCAGCCACGGGCGGCCGCAGGGUUCAAAAGACCGCAGACCAAGGGUGGACUUCUUCGCCAUGGAGCUCCUGGACGGAUUCCUCUACCUGCUCAUGGACAUGGGCUCCGGGAGCAUCAAGAUUAAAGUGGGGAACAAGAAGGUCAAUGAUGGAGAAUGGUGCCACGUAGACUUCCAGAGAGAGGGCAGGAAAGGCUCCAUCUCCGUCAAUGGCCGCAGCUUGCCCUUCUCCACCAACGAGGGGAGUGAGAUCCUGGAUCUUGAUGGUGAAAUGUAUUUGGGGGGUCUGCCGGAGAACAGUGGGGAUCUUUCUUUGCCUCCAGAGGUGUGGACUGCCCGCCUCAGGCUGGGCUUUGUGGGCUGCGUGCGGGACCUAUUUGUCGAUGGGCGCAGCAAAGACCUGAGGCGUUUGGCGGAGCUUCAGAGCGCUCCGGGUGUCAGCAGCUUCUGUACCCGCGAAACCCAUCGGAGGUGCAGCUCGGAGCCCUGCGUUCAUGGAGGCCGAUGCCGCGAGGGCUGGAACAGACACGUCUGCGAUUGCACUGGAACUGGAUAUAUGGGCCCCAACUGUGAGAUGGAGUCUGCAGUGUUGAGUUACGACGGCAGCAUGUUUCUGAAAGUCCUGAUGCCUCACGCAGCUCACAGCGAGGCCGAGGAUGUGUCUCUGCGCUUCAUGUCUCAGAGGGCUUAUGGUCUGCUCAUGGCCACCACCUCCAAAGAGUCCGCCGAUACCCUGCGCCUGGAGCUGGACGGGGGAAGAGUCAAGCUCACCGUCAACCUCGAUUGUAUCGGGAUAGACUGUAACCUUAGUAAAGGACCGGAGACUCUGUUCGCAGGGCACAAGCUGAAUGACAAUGAGUGGCACUCUGUGAAGGUGGUGCGCCGUGGGAAGAGCCUGCAGCUCUCUGUUGACAACGUGACCGUGGAGGGCCAGAUGAGCGGAGCACACACGCAGCUGGAGUUCCACCACAUAGAGACGGGCAUCAUGACCGAGCGGCGCUUUAUCUCAGUCAUGCCGUCCAACUUCAUUGGCCACCUGCAGGGCCUCUCUUUCAACGGCAUGCCUUACCUAGACCAGUGCAAGAAUGGUGACAUCUCCUACUGUGAGCUCAACGCCCGCUUCGGCAUGCGCCGCAUAGUGGCUGAUCCGGUCAGCUUCCGAAAUCGAGCCAGUUAUGUGGCGCUGUCCACCUUACAAGCCUACGCCUCCAUGCACCUCUUCUUCCAGUUCAAAACAACCAGCCCUGAUGGUCUGAUUCUCUUCAACUCUGGGGACGGCAGUGACUUUAUCGUGAUUGAGCUCGUAAAAGGGUACAUCCAUUAUGUUUUCGACUUGGGCAAUGGGCCGUCGCUCAUGAAGGGCAACUCCGACAAGCCGCUCAAUGACAACCAGUGGCACAACGUGAUGGUGUCCCGCGAUGACAGCAACGUGCACACGCUCAAGAUCGACUCGCGUACUGUCACACAGCACUCCAAUGGAGCCCGCAACCUGGACCUCAAAGGAGAGCUGUACAUUGGAGGUGUGGGGAAGAGCAUGUACAACAGUCUGCCCAAGCUCAUUGCAUCGCGGGAUGGUUAUCAGGGCUGCCUGGCCUCAGUUGACCUGAAUGGCAGACUUUCAGACCUGAUUGCAGAUGCUCUGCACCGUGUGGGCCAAGUGGAGCGAGGAUGUGAAGCCGGUCCCGGCACAACCUGCACGGAGGACUCAUGCUCCAAUCAGGGCGUUUGUUUGCAGCAGUGGGAAGGUUUUACCUGCGACUGCACCAUGACGACAUACGGAGGUCCCCUCUGCAGUGACCCUGGUACCACGUAUAUUUUUGGAAGAGGAGGAGCGCUCAUCACGUACACCUGGGCCCCCAAUGAUCGGCCAAGCACCCGGGCGGACCGUUUGGCUGUGGGCUUCAGUACCCAGCAGAGCGAUGCCAUCCUGGUGCAGGUGGAGAGCAGCCAGGGCCUGGGAGAUUACCUGCAGUUGCACAUUGAACAAGGGAAGGUUGGUGUGAUCUUCAAUGUGGGCACAGAUGACAUCACCAUAGACGAGCCUGCGGUCACUGUCAACGACGGCAAGUACCACGUGGUUCGCUUUACGCGUAGCGGUGGCAACGCCACCCUCCAAGUGGACAACCAGCCCGUCAUCGAGCGCUUCCCAUCAGGGAACAUUGAUAAUGAACGGCUUGCUAUAGCCAGGCAAAGAAUUCCAUACAGACUUGGUCGGGUAGUUGACGAGUGGCUACUCGACAAAGGUCGGCAGUUGACUAUUUUCAACAGUCAGGCAGCCAUAAAGGUGGGCGGUCAGGAUAAAGGACGGCCGUUCCAGGGUCAGAUCUCAGGCCUGUACUAUAAUGGCUUGCAAGUCUUGAAACUGGCUGCCGAGGGGGAUCCGAAUGUGCAGGUGGCAGGAAAUCUGCGCUUGGUUGGGGAUGCACCCUCCGUCCUGUCCACUGAAACCACCUCAGCCACCCCUCCGGCAGCGGCGGACAUGUCCACCACCAUAAUGGAAACCACCACCACUAUGGCCACCACCACCACCCGCAGACAGCGCUCGCCAAGCCUGAAGGACAGCAUUACGCAGAACUCAGAUGACCUGCUGGUGGCCUCAGCCGAGUGUCCCAGUGAUGACGAGGAUCUGGAGGAGUGUGAGCCGGGCACUGGAGGUGAACUUGUGUUGCCCAUAAUAACAGUGGACACCCAAGACCCCAUUUCCAUGGCCACCCGUUACCCCGCAAUCCCCGCCCCUCCCACCUCCCUGACCCCACUCCAGACCACCAAAGAGUCCCUCAUUCUUUCCGACCCCCGUCCGCCAUGCCCUCCAGACCAGGAGGACUGCGGUGACCCCAUGGAGGUGUCGGCCUUCGGCUCCGGAGAAAUGACGGAGUCCGAUGACGAGGACUUUAACAGAAACUCCCCCAUGGUCACAGACAGGACGGUCCUGCCACCGCCCCCUGCUGUUGGCAAAAGUGGCCACGGUGACCACCGUCCCCCAGUCCCUGCCCCGACCACCCAUCCCAACCAGCUCCACAUCCCAGCGGGCAAAAUGAACACCCGCGACCAGGUGCUUCUGCCACCCGUCCCGUCCUCGCGCCACACUCCAGGUCUAACCUACCCACCUGAUUUCCCCCAUGUGCCCACAGCUCACCCUACCGACCUGAUGGAGAAGGGCCGUCCAGGUGCCGUGGAGGUGAUUCGAGAGUCCAGCAGCACCACAGGCAUGGUGGUUGGCAUCGUGGCGGCUGCCGCCCUCUGCAUCCUCAUCCUCCUCUACGCCAUGUAUAAAUACCGCAACCGAGAUGAAGGCUCUUAUCAGGUGGACCAAAGCCGCAACUCUGGUUCUGAAAGCAACGGUGCCGUAGUGAAGGAGAAAACGCCGAGUACGACUGCCGCCGUGGCUAAAACCACCACCAAGGGCAAGAAGAACAAAGACAAGGAGUAUUACGUCUGAGAGAGACUGAGGAGAAGGUACUGAUGAGGAUUUGACCUCCUCGAAACAUUUAAGCCACACGAUCUUCUGUUUACUUCUCCAAACGUUUUUUCUGCCACCGAAAGACACGGACGGAUAGACUUGACGGAUAGAUCCUCCUUUCGUUGCUGUCUUGCGAAGCCAUCGUUGUAUGUAAUUUUAUCUCUUAUCAUGUCUAAAGAAAAUCUUCCAUUACAUUCCAGGUGAUGUAAUGCCCUCUUUACGAUUAAAGAUUUAUGUUUCGCGCGGUCCACAGGAGAGAAACGAAACACCAUGGACAGAGAGAGAGAAAACCAGCCAAACAUGAGCUUUUAGUACUAUUCAGUUAAUAUUAUGUUUAUAGAGCUAUGAAAUUGAGAUCUCGUAGCAGACAUUCGCUGGCCCUCCUUGUAAUAAUUCAUGAACAACAGAAGCUAUUGUGUUCGUUAUUUGCACAAGACAAGCAGAUGCUCCCAUCAGUUCUUGUGGAGAUGUUAAAUCUGACACCUUUUUUUGGAGGGAGAGAAAAAAAUACAGUGAGAAAGGCAGAGGAUAAAAUCGCAUCUUCUGUUUUGUUCGGUGAUAGAGCCGAAAUAACUGAGUUCAUUUCCACUCGGGUAUUUCUUUUGUCAGGUGUAGAAAGUAGGAUUUAUCUGUCCCUGUCAUGAAAACACAUGAAUCUAAUUCUUUCUUUGUUGUGUUUCUGCCAUGGUUUCAUAAACACUUUAGAAUCGCAGAUCAGACACCGAAGCGUGCUUUGACAUCCACACCUCCACCAGUAUUCAGAAGGUUGUUAGAACUUUAAAAAGACAUAUCUCUCUCUUUCUCUCUCU